AUGCCUCCUCCAAAUCCGACAGCAACCACCCUGAAGCGCAUACACCGCGAGAUUGCCGACCUCAAGAAAGAGGACCUCGGUCCCAUCCAGCUCGCCCCCACCGACGACGACCUCUUCCACUGGACCGCAACCAUCCCAGGCCCCGACGGCUCCGUGUACGAGGGCGGCAUAUUUCAUGUGGAGAUCAUCCUCGGACACGACUACCCAUUCUCGGCACCCCGUAUGGUCUUCCGCACACGCAUAUACCACAUGAACAUCAACGAGCGCGGCAGCAUCUGCAUCGACAUCCUCAAGCACAACUGGUCCCCCGCACUCUCGCUCUUCAAGGUCAUCCUCUCCCUCUCCUCCCUCCUCACCGACCCGAACCCCAUACCCUCGAUCGCAACCGAGUACGUCCGGAACCGCGUGCAGCACGACCGCGAGGCGCGCCGGUGGACGGAACUCUACGCCCGGCCCAAGGCGUCCGACGACAAGGACAAGGGUAAGGGCAAGGGCAAGGGCAGGGCCGCCCCGGCUCCCGCGCAGCGGACGUCGGCGCGGCCCGCCGGCGCAGGUGCGUCCGUGCUCGUCAUCUCGGACGACGAGGAGGGCGCGGCCCCGCGGAGAACGAGGGCGGCUGCGGCUGUGGCGGCGACGGCGACGGCAGGGACGAAGCGGAAACGGGCGGCGGUGGCCGACGGCGAGGUCGACAUCGACCUUUCCAACGACGAUGGCGGGGGCGGGCCUGCGCGGGCGACGCGACGGGCACGGACAGGUGCGCCGGGGGAGGUGAUCGUGAUCGAGGACGAGGACUAG